UUCGCUCCGCUUCCCUCCCCUCAGCUCGGAACAGCUGCUUCCUGGAGAAGCCCCGUUGAGCGCGGGGGGACUUUUUUUGGAGAAGCAUGCCUGGGACUGGGCUAUUUCAGCGUACAUUCCUUAUGGCAGGUGGAGGCAACACGGUCCCCUGCAGAUGUUCGUAACUACAAGUCCCAUCAGCGCAGGCAGGAUGGGCAAUAGUCACGGCUGAUGGGAGUUGUUGUCUGGUGCAUCUGCAGGCCACUGGGUUGCCUUACUGCUACUCUAGUGUAAUACUUUCAUUAGACAAGCUCAAAGCUCAUAGCUGUUGUGCUAUGUAGACAUUGGAUAUUUUUAAUAGUCCAUUUAGCCGCUUUGAUUUUUGUGCAACUAUUUUGUUGUUUUGCCAUGCUGGGUGAGAUUAUAUUUAGAAAGGGUGGGUCGAUGGUGCCAGCUGCCUGUCAUAUAUGGAUUACUGUGAACCCCUUUUCUGUUGACAUGCACUUCCAACAGUGAAAAGCUCAUCUCUUACUCCUUCAUAAUCAUGACUGCUGAAGUCAUUCAACAGAUUACAGAACAUAGUACAACACUUAAGUAUGUCAACGGCCAUGGAUACUUCAGCUGACGUUCUGUUGGAAAAAAGAGGCUGUGCUGGUGUUAUAACCAUGAACAGGCCAAAAGCACUGAAUGCGUUAAAUGUUACCAUGGUUCAGCAGAUGUAUCUACAGCUAAAGAAAUGGGAACAGGAUCCCAACACUUCUCUAAUAAUAAUAAAGGGAGCUGGAGACAAAGCUUUCUGUGCAGGUGGUGAUAUCAGAGUUAUCAUGGAAGCAGGAAAAAGGGGAGACAGAUUGGUUCAUGAUUUCUUCCGAGAAGAGUACAUCUUGGACAAUGCCAUUGGUACCUGCCAGAAACCGUUCGUGGCACUUAUUCAUGGUAUUACCAUGGGAGGCGGUGUUGGCGUGUCUGUUCAUGGCCAUUUCAGAGUUGCUACAGAGAAGACUCUUUUUGCUAUGCCUGAGACAGCAAUAGGACUCUUUCCUGAUGUGGGCGGAGGCUUCUUCCUGCCCAGGCUUCCAGGGAAGCUGGGAUAUUUUCUUGCCCUGACAGGAUAUAGGUUGAAAGGAAGAGAUGUAUACAAAGCAGGAAUUGCCACUCACUUCAUAGAAGCAGAGAAGGUGGCUGUCCUAGAAAAAGAUUUGACGGAAUUGAAGUCACCAACAAAGGAAAAUGUCGCAGAUAUCCUGGACUACUAUCAUAAGCAGUGCAAACUUGAUCAAGAGAAAGAGUUCGUACUUGGUGAACACAUGGACAAGAUUAACAGUCUGUUUGCAGCAGAUAGCAUGGAAGAAAUCGUUCAAAAAUUGAGCAAGGAUGGCUCUCCUUUUGCACUUGAUCAACUAAAGACCAUUAGAAACAUGUCUCCAACAUCUCUGAAGAUGACCCUCAGGCAGCUUAGAGAAGGAGCUUCCUUAAGCCUCCAGGAUGUCUUCAUCAUGGAGUACAGACUAAGCCAAGCAUGCAUGCGAGGUCAUGACUUCUAUGAAGGUGUCCGAGCAGUGCUUAUUGAUAAAGACCAGUCACCAAAGUGGAAGCCUGCUACUCUGGAAGAUGUGACAGAUGAAUUCUUGGACUCAUGCUUUAAGUCUCUUGGAAGUGAUGAUCUUAAGUUAUAAUAGUUUUGGACUAAUGCCAGCCUACAUCUGUCUUUCUUCUAGUUUUAACACAACAAAUUAAUAAUAAUAGUUUCAGCAUACAUGAGAAUCAUCAACAUUGCUCAAAUUACUUAUUGUUGUUAUGCAAUGAAAAGGACUUACAGUUCUUGGAGACAAGUGUAAGCGUAGAAGGAACUGUAGGGGGCAAAACCAGCUACAUCUUAACACUCUAGAUCACAUGGAAGUUAUCAGCCAUGUCUGUACAUUUUUACUUCUCUGUACUAAAUAAAUAUUCAUGCACACCACGAA